AUAACGCAUGCGCACUGAGUCAAUCCUGACAACCCUCUUUGGUAGUAUGGGCGCUGUACUGGCAUUUAAAUUCUUCGGAUGAGCUGUAGUCUAAUGAACAUAGCCUUACAAACAUUUCAUUGUCUCACACACAUAUAAUACAAUCGUCUGACUGCAUUCUCACUAUGCCGAGCAAUAAGCUUGAUAAACCUGACAAGCAAGAGGUCAAUGAUAAUGUCAAGGUGGUGGUGAGAUGUCGUCCCCUCAACCAGAAAGAGAAAAUGAUGGGCCACAAGCAGUCCGUCAGUGUGGAUGAGAUCCGUGGGACCAUAACCGUGAACAAACUGGAUUCCCCCCAGGAGCCUCCUAAAACCUUCACAUUUGACACUGUGUUUGGACCAGACAGCAAACAGCUGGAUGUCUACAAUCUCACCGCCCGCCCCAUCAUUGACUCAGUACUGGAGGGUUACAAUGGCACCAUUUUUGCGUAUGGACAAACUGGCACUGGAAAAACGUUCACCAUGGAGGGUGUGAGAGCAGUGCCAGAACUCAGGGGGAUAAUUCCAAACUCCUUUGCUCAUAUUUUUGGUCACAUUGCCAAGGCAGAGGGUGACACAAGGUUUUUGGUUCGUGUUUCGUACUUGGAGAUUUAUAAUGAGGAAGUGCGGGACUUGUUGGGCAAGGACCAGAUGCAGAGACUAGAGGUGAAAGAAAGACCAGAUGUUGGUGUGUAUAUAAAAGACCUUUCUGGUUACGUCGUGAACAAUGCCGAUGACAUGGACAGGAUUAUGACUCUGGGACACAAAAACCGGUCUGUCGGUGCCACAAACAUGAAUGAGCACAGCUCUCGUUCUCACGCUAUCUUCACCAUCACCAUCGAGUGCAGUGAGAAAGGUGUAGAUGGAAACCAGCAUGUGCGCAUGGGAAAGCUUCAUCUGGUUGAUCUUGCAGGUUCAGAGAGACAGGGCAAGACUGGAGCCACAGGUCAGCGUUUAAAGGAAGCAACAAAGAUCAAUCUCUCUCUGUCUACACUGGGUAACGUCAUUUCUGCGUUGGUGGAUGGCAAGAGCACACAUGUACCUUACAGGAACUCUAAACUAACUCGUCUGCUGCAGGAUUCACUAGGAGGAAACUCCAAGACCAUGAUGUGUGCAAACAUAGGCCCUGCAGACUAUAACUAUGAUGAGACCAUCAGUACCCUGCGCUAUGCUAAUAGGGCUAAAAACAUCAAGAACAAAGCCAGGAUCAACGAGGACCCCAAAGAUGCCCUGUUGCGCCAAUUUCAGAAGGAGAUUGAGGAACUAAAGAAGAAACUAGUGGAAGGUGAAGAGAUCUCUGGCUCAGAAGGCAGUGGAUCAGAAGAGAUGGAUGAAGGUGAUGAAGAUGGAGCAGAUGCAGCUGAAGGCCACCGGAGAAGAAGGGAGGAAAGAGGCAGGAAGAAGGUUUCUCCAGACAAGAUGGUGGAGAUGCAGGCAAAGAUUGAGGAGGAACGAAAGGCCUUGGAGGCCAAGCUGGACAUGGAGGAGGAGGAGAGGAAUAAGGCAAGAGCAGAGCUGGAGAAGAGAGAGAAGGACCUUCUUAAAGCCCAGCAGGAGCAUGAACUUCUUCUGGAGAAAUUGUCAGCCCUAGAGAAGAAGGUGAUCGUGGGUGGGGUGGACCUUCUGGCCAAGGCUGAGGAACAGGAGAAGCUUUUGCAGGAAUCCAACAAUGAACUGGAAGAACGUCGCAAGAGAGCAGAACAGCUGCGCAAGGAGCUGGAGGAAAAAGAGCAAGAACGUCUGGACAUAGAAGAGAAGUACACUAGCCUACAGGAGGAGGCUCAAGGAAAGACUAAGAAGCUGAAGAAAGUAUGGACCAUGCUGAUGGCUGCCAAAUCUGAAAUGGCAGAUUUGCAGCAAGAGCAUCACAGAGAGAUUGAGGGCCUCCUGGAAAACAUCCGCCAGCUGAGCCGCGAACUGCGGCUCCAGAUGCUUAUCAUUGACAACUUUAUUCCUCAGGAAUACCAGGAGAUGAUAGAGAAUUACGUGCACUGGAAUGAAGACAUUGGAGAAUGGCAGCUGAAAUGUGUGGCAUACACUGGCAACAAUAUGAGAAAACAGACCCCUGCUCCAGACAAAAAAGAAAAAGAUCCAUUUGAGGUGGAUCUCUCCCAUGUGUAUCUGGCCUACACAGAGGAGAGCAUGCGGCAAUCAAUGAUGAAACUAGAGAGACCCAGAACCUCUAAAAGUGGCAAGAGUGGCCGUCCCAAGACUGGGCGAAGGAAGAGAUCUACAAAGCCGGACGCUGUGAUCGAAUCCCUUCUUCAGUGAACACGUUGUAGAUGAGCGCUUGGUUUCACUGUCACUUUAGGAAGAGAAGUCAUUAGUGCAGUCUGAAUAAUUGUAUUGCUGAACAUUAUUUAAACGAUUAUCUGAAUACACUGUAUAGCUGGUUUGGUUUUAAAUGUGAAGAAACUGCACCUAUGACAGGUUUAAGACCUCUUGGCCAAGAGGGCCUGUUAUUUGUAUUAUAGUCCAAGACAAAUUUCAAGGUGAUUGCUUUGGAGCAUAUUUUGGCGGUGGCAGCCUUUGUUUGACGAAGAAUAUAACAUAAACAUAAUUCUUUUGCAACAUUAUUAGUUAUGAAUAUGACCAGUAGUCCAAAAGAAGAUAUGGAAUUGACAGGAUGUUGAAAAUAGACUUGUGAUUGACUUAAAUUUGUGAAGUGUAUAUAACACACAAAGUGUUUUGCGAUGAGCACCACACAGAUUAAAUUGUAGCUUGUGUAUUACUGAUUUCCUGCUAUGUGAUAAAAUAAUUCAUAUUAAAUGGCCCAAGCUUGUCUACACUACACUAGAAUACACUAGAAUUCUAAUUGAAACAAAUUAUUUUACUCUGCGCAACCUGUAGCCUCUGUUUCCUCCCAGUGAAUAAGGAAAUCAUAAGCAUGGAAAUGCACAAAACUAAACACUAGUGUGGAGGGAACAAGGAGAGGAGAGUAAGUAAGACUAAGUAUGUAAUUGAGAAUUGUGCUUUGUACUUAGUCCUUUAGGUCUGAAGCAUAGGGACAUAUAUCCAAGCCACUUCUUAUGUUAGUGCCAGUUGCUAGUCUAAGCACAUCGCCUUUUUUUUUAUUUAUUUUGUCAGAACACUUUGUUGCGUUGAAAAUAUCCCUUACAUGUUGUAUGCCUUAUAAUGCACUAAUAUGACGUUUUUGUGGAGAUUAUUUUAUGAUGUUCUGUAGUGGGGAACUUUUAUUUUGUACCAUAUGUCAAAUGUUUACAACCACGAGACCCCUGGAUAUGUUAUUUAUGAAAUUAUUUUACAUGUUUUAUCUCACAUUGUUGCUGCAUUCUCUUUAUUUCAUUAAUAAACUGGUGACAUUCCUAA